GCAGACAGUGAGAGGCUGCAUGUUGCCGUGCCAUCCCAUCCUGACAUUUGUAAUGCUAAUGCGGAGGUGUAUUUGUAGCUCUGUGUGUAUGUCCACGAUCAAGGAGGAAGAGAUUACUCUGUCUGCAGAGGUGGAUAAAUAAAUUACUUCACAGGCUGUCAUGAUGACUGUGAUUAGAGGAGGUACAUUGGAGCAUGGUCGAGGGGAGAUAAAGCUGGAAUUCUCAGGACAAUGUCAGUAGCUGGCUCUGACUGAGAGGGAGAAAUGGAUGAGCGAUACACCUCUAAAUUAUCCCCUGCUGUUGAUUACAGUGCUGGCUUUUUCUUGCUGGUGGUGGCCAUCCUGUCCAUUUUGGGGAAUGCUGCUGUCCUGAUUACAUCCGCUCGACGCCAUGGUCUCCUGAAAGCCCCGGAGCUGCUCACUGUCAAUUUGGCCGUGACAGACAUCGGCAUGGCACUCAGCAUGUAUCCGCUGUCCAUCGCCUCAGCCUUCAACCAUGCCUGGAUCGGAGGUGAUCCUUCCUGCCUGUACUACGGCCUGAUGGGAAUGAUCUUCAGUGUGGCCAGUAUUGUGACACUGGCUGUCAUGGGCAUGGUGAGAUACCUGGUGACAGGAAAUACUCGCAAAACAGGUAACAAGUUUCAAAAAAGAACCAUAAGUAUUCUGAUUGCACUCAUCUGGCUGUACUCACUGCUGUGGGCAGUGUUUCCCUUGCUGGGUUGGGGGGGGUAUGGACCAGAGCCAUUUGGCUUGGCUUGCUCUGUGGACUGGGCUGGCUACCAGCACUCCUUGAAUGGUUCUACAUUCAUUAUGGCUCUGGCCAUCUUGUGCACCAUUAUCCCAUGUGGAGUCAUCUUAUUCUCCUAUUCUGGCAUUGCCUGGAAGCUCCACAAGGCCUACCAGACCAUCCAGAGCCAUGACAUGCUGCCCAACACUGGGGGUGUUGAAAGGAAAGUCACACUAAUGGCCAUUCUAAUCAGCUCUGGCUUCAUUGUCUCCUGGACACCCUAUGUGGCCAUCAGCCUCUGGACUAUGUUUCACUCUGAGGGGAAGGACAGCGUGGCACCUAUUGUCAGCAUGCUCCCCUGCCUGUUUGCCAAAUGCUCCACAGCAUACAACCCCUUCAUCUACUACAUCUUCUGCAAGUCUUUCCGCCAGGAGCUGAGGCAGCUCCAGAGCUGCUGCAGGUGCCACCACCCGGUGACUGAGCUUCCUUCUGCAGAAGAAGAGCACAAUCAGUGGAAGAUCUCAGUCAUACUCAAAAGUCCAAGAGAACAGAGACGUCAAUGCACUUCUCUAGGGGUCUUUCAGACCACUUCUUAAAGCAGGCAGGAUGACCAGGUGACAAGUUUAUGCUAGUCCCAGAACAGCUUUCCAGACUGUACAUAGACAAUGAUCUCUGAGAAUUUUUGGGCCUCCUAGCCUCAAACUGUAAUGAGCAGCAGGCAAUUAGACCUCUCAUACAAAAUUGUGACAAGACUGUCUCAAUAACAUUAGGCAAGCGUUGUCUUUAUUAUCAGAAUGAAUAACUCUUGAGAGAAUAUGUAGAUUAACAUAAUACUGUGGAAAAAAUUGCCUGUCCAACUAGACUCCGUAUGCCAUAAGCUGUCAAAUUGUGAGCAAGGUCCCAGGGAAAGCUGCAGCUUCAGCUCAGAGCUGCAGAGAAAGAUCUAUGUAUCAAUGAAUCCAUAUAGUUGGUGAUGGAUGGUGAUAAGCAUUUGGGAGGGGAUAAAUACUGAAUUCUGCUGUGAGUUAUACUAAGUUAUAGUCUUCUCCAUUUUGGCUGCUUGCUUUUGACUAAGAGCACAAAUCUUAUGUAAUUAAUUAAUGUGUUCAUUUAGUGUUUAUGGCAAUCAGAUGAAUGAAAUUAUGUUUAUGACAGAGAAAAACAGUAAAGCAGUCAAAUUACACCAGUUUAAAAAAAUCAAAGAACAAUGAGGGACGAGAGAGCAGCGUCACCCUGAAAACAGGAGAGCACUGGAAAGGACAAUUGCUGGGAAAAGUCUCCACUAUCAUAUAAGACUGCAGAUGGUAAUAUACUACUAGCUAAUCA